ACAAACACCACACAAAGAUCUUCACGGAUGCUUCAAAAACGUCUACUGGAACGGCCAUAGCGGUAUACGAUGAAGCAGACUCGGACAACAUCACGGAGAGCAUCAACUCGAACUUUUCAAUCACGAACGCUGAACUACUCGGCAUUUUAAAAGCACUGGAACUCAUCAAAGCAAAAGGAUACAGGAAAGCGGUCAUUUUCACGGACUCAAUGAGUGCGUGUGAGAUGAUACGAAAUGGAAGAGCAGUGGACAACAACUAUCUCAUAGGAGAGAUAUACAAGGAGUUCCUGAACAAUGCGGAAAGUGCGAUCAAGGUACAAUGGAUACCGAGCCAUAUGGGAAUCCAUGGGAACGAAAUCGCCGAUCAGCUGGCAGUGGCCAAAACACAGCACAAACAAUCGGACUACCAAGGAGUAACUGCUGGAGACGCGCUCGUCCUGAGCGCGAAAAAUACGUGGGAAGAUUGGAACCGGAAGUACAAGGAAGUGUCGAAAGACAAAGGAAAAUGGCACUACCAAUUGAUGGAGAAACCAGGGAAACGGAUAUGGAGUAAGGAGCUCAUACUAAACCCAAAAGAAGUGAAAAUUCUAAACAGAAUUAGAAGUGGACAUUGUAUGACGAAAGAAAGGAGGGCGAAAUGGGGUUGGGAAGAAGACGAAUUGUGUGAAUGGUGUGAAGAAACCGAAAAUCUGAAACACAUAAUCUACGAGUGCCCACAAUACAACCUAAGUCGAAGUCAGUUUCCGGCAUUGGAGUAUAUGAAACCAUUAGAAGUGAUUCUACAAGAAGGCUGUGAAGAAGAAAUGAAGCAAAUAGUGAAGUUUUUGGAAGAGAACAACAUCCACAUAUAAAAAGACAACUAAACAUGUAACAAACACACAACUAAACAUGUAACGAAAAGACAACAGUACACCCAGGGGCGAGAUGGACCAACCGUGGUCUUAGCCUGUCUAAAAGACAAAUCCAAAAA